AUGUCGAACCUUCCCUCCGAGCCCGAGUUCGAGCAGGCCUACAAGGGUAUGUCUCACUCACCAAGCAUUGCAAUUGGUUCCCCAUCAAGGUUGUUGAUACUGACCCGACUUCCACANGAGCUUGCCUCGACCCUUGAGAACUCGACCCUUUUCGAGAAGAACCCCGAGUACAAGCGUGCUCUCCAGAUCGCCGCCGUCCCCGAGCGCGUCAUCCAGUUCCGUGUCGUCUGGGAGAACGACAAGAACGAGGUCCAGGUCAACCGUGGUUACCGUGUCCAAUACAACUCCGCCCUCGGUCCUUACAAGGGUGGUCUCCGUCUCCACCCCACCGUCAACCUCUCCAUCCUCAAGUUCUUGGGUUUCGAGCAAAUCUUCAAGAAUGCUCUUACUGGCCGUGAGUAA